AUGCCCAAAUUUAUCGGACGUUGGUUCCCAAGGAGCGACAAAACAGACGAACAAGACUUUUAUACGGCAAGUAUGUUGCUCCUGUUAAAACCCUGGUGCUUGAUAUCAGCCAAUUUGCUUGGAACACAUAUUACUUGGGCGGACAGCUUCUCACAUUUUAUGCUCAGUGCAUCCCCACAGACUAAAAAUAUCCUCACUAACAUUCAAUAUUUUCAUGAAUGUUCGGACAGGGCGAAAAACCUGAUAGAUUAUUCGAUGCAGGGAGGCAUUCUCACACAGUGCGAGGUUGAUGUACAACAACAAGAACAAGUGGUAGAAGAUGAGGAGGAGACAGAACUGACGGAGUGGGAUGUCGAACACACCAAAGCUUCUUGUGUAUCAUCGCAUCUCGAGAACUUCUGCAUAGAUGCCCUAGCAAUCGCCGGCACCAGUGGAAUUUUUCCAACUUUGCCUGUUGAAACCGUAUAUCGUCAAGGUGCACAAACGGCAAUGAUGGAUGGAUGA